CUGAAUUUCCCAGGCUCAAAGGCUCUGGCCGGAGAGACGGUUGCUCAUUCUUACCGCCACCGGUAGAGUGGCGCUAUCGUCUUGGGUGGGAGGAGCCAAUCGUUUUGAGGGGGAGAAGAAGAACUGUCGGACCUUCAGUCGGCCGUCAGCCCCAGCCAAGGACAUACGUCGUGUGUCGAGUUUAAUCCAAUCAACUGAAGAAGCAGUAGAAAGAAAAAGGCAACCAGGGACAUAACAACAAUUUUUCUUAUUCUAAUCUGCUGGACGAUCGUUCGAUUGUGCCAGGGGAUUUUUCCGCGGAUUUGCAAGUGUUGCGUGAGUGAGUGAGUGAACGAGUCGAAAGUAUGACUACCUGAGUGUAAUAGUUUCAGUUUGGACACGGAUUUGUUUUUCUCUGUUUGUCCACACACGCGGGCUUCUUCCAUUUUCAACUUAUUUUGGGCUGUGUCUCUUUUAGUCGUUGAGCCGUUUGGUUUGAGCGGCUCAUCAUCAGUGUUGUCGAUUGUGAAACAACAACAACAACUUGUCAGUUGUGUGUGUCUGUCGUGUGUGUGUCUGUGUGUUGCGUGUGCCGAGUGAAACAGGUAGUGUCUGUGUGUGUCUCAGCCCAAAAGUGCAGUUUAUACCAACUAGUUGGCCAUUUUCACCACUUGUGAUUGUAACAAAUUUUACUGGAGAUUGGAAUCGGCGUUCACCUGGGCUCUAGUUCAUACAUGACGCAACGGAGGAUUUGGCACUAGACUUGGGCAGGUGAUAUGCAUCGGACUGAUGUUUUUGCUGGCAACAAUCGUUCAACCGCCGCCAUCGAUAGGUCGAAAAUGUCGCAUGCACCAUCAUCAUCAUCCUGCCGACUCACGCCCGCCGGAUUACUUAACCGUCUCGUCGUUUUGCUCCUCCUCCUCCAUCAAAUCCCGUCAUCUGUCGCCAACGGCGUGAUGCGAUCACCGCGCAUCACCGAACACCCGACGGACAUGACGGUGGCGCGCAACGAUCCCGUGACGCUCAAGUGCUCGGCCGACGGCAGUCCGGCGCCGACCAUCGAAUGGUACCGCGACGGCGAGCUCAUCAUCAGCUCCAACGGGCAGCAGCAGCACAGCAAAAGCGGAGGUGGAGGUGGAGGCAAUAGCCACCGGGUGAUGCUGCCGGGCGGCGAUCUCUUUUUCUUCCGUGUCGUUCACGGACGCAAGGAAAGCGACGCCGGCCUCUACUGGUGUUUGGCUCGCAACCCGCAAGGCUCGUCCCGAUCACGCAACGCCACUCUCACCGUCGCAUAUUUGCAUCCGGAAUUCCGGACUGUUCCUUUGGCGACGCGCGGGAUUAUUGGCGAGCCGGCGACGUUGGAGUGCGAGCCGCCUCGCGGACAUCCCGAGCCGCAGGUGCGCUGGAAAAAGAACGGCCAGCCGCUGGACAACCUCGCAGUUGGACUACCUCAGCGCGAUCAUUCUUCCAGAAUCCGGAUGGACGAAAAUGGAAACCUGAUCUUUGCCAAACUCAUGUCGUCGGACGAGGGCCGUUACCAGUGCUCGGCUCAGAACGUUGUGGCCACCAGAGAAACGGCCGCCGUUCUCCUUUCGGUUCACGUUCGGCCGGUCAUAGUUCGCCCGCCUCAAGAUACGACGGCCCUGCUGGGCGGUGAAGUGAGUCUCGAGUGCGGCGUCACGGGCGAUCCGCCGCCGCACGUCGAGUGGCGUCGACAGGACGGCGCCAAAAUUCCCCUCAACCGGAUCCGGCCGGCCUCCAACGAUCAAACGCGAACCAGUUUGAGGCUGGAGCGACUGGUGGCCUCCGACGCCGGCCGUUACGUUUGCGAGGUCGAGAAUUCGGUCGGCUCCAGCUCAGCCUCGGCCCAGCUGGCCAUCUUAAUUCCGCCCACGUGGAACAGCAGCGCCGGAAUCAGCAGCAGCGGGCAGGCCUUUUUGCCGCGGGAGGUGCGCGGAUUCCUGGAGCAGAGCGUCUUUUUAGAUUGCCCAGUUCACGGCUCGCCGGCCCCGCUGGUCUUUUGGCAGCGGGAAGGACAAGGCCGCGAUGGCGCUGGCUCGAACGUGGAGCUCCUGACAUCCGACUCUUCCGGCCCCAGCGCCAGGUGGAACGUGUUCCGCAACGGAACGCUGGUCAUCAACCGACUCCGGCGAGAGGAUGCCGGCGGCCUGUGGUGCGGAGCCGUCAGCGAGGCCGGUGGACUGGUGGCCCGGACUCGGCUGGAGAUUGUCACCGUCUCGGCUCCGCCACCGCCCGUCAUCGAAGUCGGCCCGGCCAAUCAGACCCUACCGCUGGGCUCGCCUGCCUCGCUGGCCUGCAGCACCACCGAGCCCAGCAGCCAAAAUCUGCCGCUGCGGUGGUGGAAGGACGGCGCCCCGCUGGCCCUGUCCGUCCGCAUGACCCAAUCUGGCGAGACGGGCAUGCUGCGCAUUGAAGAUCUACAGCCUUCCGACGCCGGAAUUUACACCUGCUGGAUCGGAUCCGGAGAUCAGUCGGCGGCCUGGACGGCCUCCCUGACUGUGGCCAGCCAGAGCAACUCGAACGUCGCCUUCUCGCGCAGCCCCAGCGAUCCAAUGGCUCUGCCCGGCUCUCCGUCCCAGCCACGGCUCCUUCACAAGACGGCCAAUUCGUUGACGGUCGGCUGGCAGAGCGGAUCGAGAAUGGGCGCCUCGCCUCUGCUGGGCUACACGGUCGAAAUCUUCAGCAGCGGUGACCCCGAUUCGAAUCAAGAAAACAGCUGGACGUGGGCUGGACCGACGAUACCGAACCAACGGAGCUGGCGGAUCAUCACCCGUCGUCUCAAAGCGGAUCAGCUGGUCUUGACCGACUUGCAACCCACCACGUCCUACGCGGUGCUCGUUAGAGCCGAGAACUCGCACGGCCUGUCCCUGCCCAGUCCGGUGUCUCCCUGGUUCACGACUCUGCCGUCGGGUGGAUCCGUCGGCAGCGGCAGCAGUGGUGGCGGCAUCCAGGAAUUGGAGGAAGGUCGACAGCGGCUCUCUUCUUCUCUGGCGUGGCUCCGGCUGGAGCCCGUCCGUCCGCUCAACGCCACAACGGUCCGGUUGAGUUGGCGCUGGUUAGAUGGCGCCGAUGGCAGCGAACCCACCGAGUCGGCCUUCGAGGGACUUCACAUUUGGUACCGGCCCAUCCGCAGCUCCCGCUCCGGCUCAGAGGAGGAUCAAAUCCAUCAAGAAAGAUCCUCAUCCUCGACGUUGGCUUCCUUCCGAGUGGUCACAGUGUCCCAGCCGGCCGUGUCCAGCUCAACUUACACGCUGGCCAAUUUGCUGCCCUCGACGCGCUAUCUCUUCUUCUUGGUCCCGUUCUAUCGGAAUAUCGAUGGCCGCCCGUCCAACAGUCAAACGCUGACGACCUUGGAAGCCGCUCCUGAAGGACCUCCGCGGGAUCUGAUUGUGCGCCAAUUAAAUUCCAGCAGCUGUUUGGUGAAAUGGAGUGAGCCGUCGCAUAACCAACGUAACGGAAUCAUCACCGGAUAUCAAAUUUACGUGUUUAUGGACGAUUCGGAAACAUUGUUAGCCAACAUGACGUUGCCGCCGACUCCGACUUCCGUCAUUAUCGGCAAUCUCGUGGCCGGAUCGUCCUACUCGAUCCGGGCAGCAGCAUGGACUCUGGCGGGAGUUGGCCCGGCUUCUGAGCCCGCCUCUUUCAGCAUGGAGGUGUUGAGCUUCCAGCAACAUCCACAGGUCCCGGCCCUUCAUGAUGAUUUGGACUCCGACCUGGACGAUCCGUUCACUCGUUUUGACAGCGACAAUCGUCCGCCCAGCGGCGAAGUCACCACGCAGAUGGUCAAGGAGACGUGGUUCAUUCUUGCCAUCGGCGGAGUUCUUUUGGCCACGCUGUGUCUUCUGGUGGCCGCCCUGAUUGUCCGUCGCCGAUGGGUCCGCAACAAGGCCAUGUCCUCUGUGCAGAAAGUAGAGCUAGGCAGCGGAACGGACGGCAAUUUACUCCACAGCGUCUGCAGUGGCAGCGGCGGCGCCAGAGAUUUGCUCUGGUCACGCGGAUGGCAUUCCGGCAGCACUGGCAACCACCACCACCAUCCGUCGCGAACGGGGACGGUUUCGGCUUCGCAGAAAGAGGAGGAACUGGAAGCCCAGGCCUCGCUACUACCCCAACAGCCGCAGCAGUACGGCAGCAGCGGAAUCGCUCCGCCGGAAUACGCCGAGCUGCUCAACCAGCACGGCUCCCAGCAGCAGCAGCACCAGUCGGAUCAGAGCCAACUGAGUCUCAGCUCGUUCCUGCCGCGUCGCAACAACACCAACAACAUGAUGCUGAUGCAGGCCCAGAUGCAGGCGCCUCCGUCCGCCUACGCCACCACAACUUUGGUCAAUCCGUCGAUGCGAGGGCAGCAGCAGAUCCACGGCCCUUAUUCCAGCAAGUCGUCGGGCGACUCGAGCAGUGGCAGCUACGUGGUCGAGCAUCAAGAUCGAAUGGGCUGCGGGAGCAACAGCCGCAACAGCAACAACAACAGUCACCACAGUCGGAAGAACAGCAGCGGAUUCUUGUCUAAUGGCAAUGGAAACGGCCAUCUGCAACAGCAGCAGAGAAUUCCCAACUGGGCAGAACUUUUGCCUCCGCCACCGAGACAUCCGCCGCCACCUAGUCCAGCACCUAAUUGCGAUCGAUCCACUUCCGCUUCGAAAGACGGAUCGCUUCCGCUGCCAAAUUCCGUCAAACCGUCGCUGAAAUUCAGUUCGGCCAAUCCCAGUCCGGCCUUGUCGAAGCGUAGUGCUCCUGCAGGAUCGACUGGCAUCUCCAGCACGUUCAAACCUCCAUCGCCUCAGUACAAUGUCAGUCUUGGAGGAGAAGAGACGGUGCCGAAUGGCAACCGGAAUGCAAUCCGAACUGGGCGGACGAAAGCCAUAAGGUCGACACCGUCCCAGAGAUCCGGCACCUCCGGAUCGCACACGGAACUCGAUCAACCGGCUCUCAAGGGAUACUCGGAUUCGGGAUCAGAGCGAAGUUUCCCGCCGGGCAGCUGCUACACGACGGCGCCCAUGAAUUACCAAUCGAAUCCCCUGGACAACAUCACAACCCACUGGGACGACGACGUCGACGACUACAGCCGCAGCAUUAGCGGCGGCCACGGAGUCGAUUACAGCCAUGGCGACGACGACGACAGCCAUUCAGACGGCGACGACUUGGCCUCUUCCGUCUACGACAACAGUCCCGUCGUCUAUCGGCCACCGUGCGGGAAACCACCGGCCCAGGCCAACGCUCCUAUGCCUCGUCGGAAACAAUUAAUGACUUUGACUUGAUGCGAUCCUGGGACCCUGCCAAUCUCUCCAUCCUGUCUAACUAGUCACUACUGCGAAUCAUGCUACAACACAGUACUAUAAUAUAAUAUGAAAAAAAAAAACCACACAAUCGUCGCCUCCUACCGGAUGGUCGUGGAAGUAAUUUUUUAAACUUUUACUUGAUAUUAUAAUUGUAUGAAUUUAUUGCCACCCUCCACUCUUUAUAUAAAAUCUUUUAAUUCUUGAUGCAGAUAAAAAUACCGUGCUCUAUUAAUUCUAUUUGGCGGAAUAAAACAACAAAAAAAAAUAAAUGAAUUCCGCUAAUCUGUGAUACCGCCAUCAAUUCAAUUUUGCCCCAUUUUUGUGUGUCAGUUCGAUCCUCUUUUAAUUGCGCUGCUCUCUGGUCGCGUUUCAAUUUCCUUUUCUUGCAAGCUCAUUUUUUGACCACUUUUGAACAGCAGGGCGUUGUAUCUUAUUGUUGUCUCUCCGCUUUCGUUAUAUUCAUGUGAUCCAUUCGCACUUUUUGAUAACAAAGCAAAUCGACGAAGAGACGGAAAAAAAACUAAGGUACUUCUACACUUGGCAACACAGCACAUAUCUCACCUCCCUUUUUGAAUUCGUGUGUAUUGGUUUGUUUUUAGGGAAGACCUCCCCCCAUCGCCAUCUCGCCCACUGAAUGUUUGUGUCAAAACUAAAUGUACAUUUUCAUUUCGAUGCUCGUUAACCGUGUAUAAUAAUAAUAAUAAUCUCUCGUGUUCACUUUUCGUUCGAAUCCUGCGUCAAGUAUUUUUGUGUGUGGUCGCCAUUCUGGUUGCGGAUUUUAUACGUUGAAUGUUGUAAAACUUGUAACAUUUUUCAUCAUCAAACUACAGCUGAAUGUAGGAUAUAUAUAUAUAUGUGUAUACAUUUUAUACCUGUAAUAUUUUCUUCUCCGUUUGAAUUCGGUUUCAGUCUCGCCUAUUUUUGAAGCCGAUGAAGAAGGUGACAAAUCUAUGCCCCUCAAUCUAUUGAUAAUCCUAUUAUACCGUCUUCACGUGUCGUCAAUGUCGAUUACAUUGAAACUAUGCCAGCGAUGGCUCGAAA